AUGAACACUCAACAGAUGGAGCAGAUGGGCCAGUUCAAGAUCACAGUCUGGGAAGAGGAGAACUUCCAGGGAAAGCGCUGUGAAUUCAUGCUGGCGUGCCAGAACAUCAUGGAGAGAGGCUUCAACAAGAUCCGCUCCUUCAAGGUUGAGAAUGGGCCCUGGGUGGGUUUUGAGUACCCAGAGUUCCAGGGACAGCAGUUUGUUCUGGAGAAGGGAGACUACCCUCGCUACGAGGCCUGGAGUGGAAACAGCAGCUACAGAACUGAGCACAUGCUUUCCUUCAGACCCAUCAAAUGUGCUAACCACAGUGACAGUAAGGUGACCCUGUAUGAGUGUGAAGACUUCCAGGGUCGUAAGUUUGAGAUCUGUGAUGACUACCCCUCCCUACAGGCCAUGGGCUGGUGCAGCAAGGAGGUGCCCUCUAUCAAAGUCAGCUCAGGAGCCUGGGUGGCCUACCAGUUCCCCGGUUACCGUGGCUACCAGUACAUCCUGGAGCGAGACAGACACCAAGGCGAGUACAGAAACUACAAUGAGUACAGCACCCAGGCUCACACCAACCAGGUGCAGUCCAUUCGUCGGAUCCAGCACUAAGCCUUCGUUCUGCCUGCCUGCCUCAACCUGGAAACAAAGAACUCUAACUGGACCCGGGACAGACCACUGUCACAGAGCUCCUUCUAUCACUCUGUGGCUCUGCAUGUGUGGAUACCCAAGUACUUCUACUACCAUGCUAAAGCAUGUUCUUCAAACAGGAAAUAAAGGUUUUUCCUCAAAACUAGAGACUGUUUGUCAGUAUUUCUUUGUUUAAUUUACAAUUAAGUUUAAUGACUAAUCAAACAGUAGUUGGCUAUAUAGUCCUGUCUAUCAAUUUGUACCUUUGGGUUUGAUAGUAAGUCGUACUACAUGUACACACAUAUUGCAAAAUCAAAGCCCAUACUCUUUUUUGUUUUUAGCUCAGACAAACUAGGCUGUUAACAGAUUUUGGUUUUGCAUUGUAUUUAUUUAAAGGACUUACAUUAUCUAUCCUUUUA